CAUCCCUACACGCAUAAAGCACACACAUGUGAGAGAGAGAGAGAGAGAGAUCCACCACAAAAAAGAAAAAAUCAAUCAGUUGUAAAAUGGGGAGUCUGAAGGCAGUGUUGAAGCAUCCGGAUGAUUUUUACCCGCUGUUGAAGUUGAAGAUGGCGGCGAAGAAGGCGGAGAAGCAGAUCCCGGCGGAGCCACACUGGGGCUUCUGUUAUUCCAUGCUUCAUAAGGUUUCUAGAAGUUUCGCUCUUGUUAUUCAACAGCUUAAUCCCGAGCUUCGUGACGCUGUGUGCAUUUUUUAUUUGGUCCUUCGAGCUCUUGACACUGUCGAGGAUGAUACAAGCAUAGAUGCUGAUAUCAAAGUGCCCAUUCUGAUCGCCUUUCAUCAGCAUAUCUAUGAUCGUGACUGGCACUUUGCAUGUGGUACAAAGGAGUACAAAGUUCUCAUGGACCAGUUCCACCAUGUUGCUACUGCCUUUCUGGAGCUUAAGAAAGGUUACCAGGAGGCAAUAGAGGAUAUAACAAAGAGAAUGGGUGCGGGAAUGGCAAAGUUUAUAUGUAAAGAGGUGGAGACGGUUGAUGAUUAUGAUGAGUAUUGUCAUUAUGUUGCGGGUCUUGUGGGAUUAGGAUUGUCAAAGCUCUUCCAUGCCUCGGGCACAGAAAUACUGUUUCCAGAUUCUAUGUCCAAUUCUAUGGGUUUAUUUCUUCAGAAAACAAAUAUCAUACGUGAUUAUCUAGAGGACAUAAACGAGAUACCCAAGUCACGCAUGUUUUGGCCUCGCGAAAUAUGGAGUAAAUAUGUGAAUAAACUAGAGGACUUCAAGUAUGAAGACAACUCUGAAAAGGCCGUUCAAUGCCUUAAUGAUAUGGUGACAAACGCUUUAAUACACAUCGAAGACUGUUUGAAGUAUAUGUCUGACUUGCGUGAUCCGGCUAUCUUCAGGUUUUGUGCUAUACCUCAGAUCAUGGCAAUUGGAACCCUAGCUUUAUGCUACAAUAACGUUCAAGUUUUCCAGGGUGUUGUUAAGAUGAGACGUGGUCUUACUGCAAAAGUAAUUGAUCGAACCAGAACAAUGGGCGAUGUGUACCAGGCCUUUUAUGAUUUUUCUUCAAUGCUCAAGUCAAAGGUUGACAUGCGUGAUCCCAAUGCCACAACAACAAUAACCAGGAUUGAAGCAGCUCAGAAAAUAUGCAAGGACUCUGGCGCCCUUAACAACAGGAAAUCUUACAUAGUUGAGAGCGAGCCAAGCUACAGUCCAGCUCUGAUUGCAUUGCUUUUCAUUAUACUGGCGAUUCUAUAUGCGUAUACGUCUGCUAAUCGACAAAAUAAAAUCAAAGUUACUCUGUAAGAAUCCCAUUGUGAUCCUGAAGCCGAAAAAAACCAAUUGUGAAAUGCGUAAGGUAAUUUCUGUUUUUGUAGGCUGGUUAUUUCUGCAUAUGUACGCUUUGUGGUUGGUAGAGUAUUAUUGUCGUAAAUGGAAGUAGUUGUAAUCUCGUUAUGUGGAAUAUGAACACAAAUUUGAAUCCUUUGCAUUAUACCUGAAAAUUUGCAUGAACAUCGUUUUACACGUCAA